UCGUUAAAUUAAAUGCUUACGUAGUACUCCGUAUUAAAGUUCUUGACACAUUUAUAUACUCCGUGUUUCUUCUCGGCGAAGGAAUAUCUGAGCCAACAAUUUGCAGCCUGACCCAAUUACAGGCGUCAGGGCAGAAAUCCAUCUCCUCUGUAAUUUUCACCUGAACCCAUUUGCUGCCCUUCGUCCAUUUUUCUUCUCCAUUUUCUGAGAAAUAAGCUAGAUGGGGCAACAACAAUCAAAAGACGAACUUCUGUAUCAGCAAGUCAAUUACGGCAAUAUUGAAGGUAUCAAAACUCUUCGCAGCGAUGGCGCUGGCCUCGAGUGGGUUGAUAAGGAAGGAAAGACUCCCCUGAUUUUGGCUUGCAUGAACCCCCAGCUUUAUAAUGUUGCAAGUACUUUGAUCGAGUUGGGUGCAAAUGUAAAUGCUUACCGUGCAGGCCGCCAUGCUGGUACUCCCUUACACCAUGCAGCAAAAAGAGGUCUUGAAAAGACUAUCAAUUUACUUCUUUCACAUGGAGCAAAUGCUUUGGUGAUAAAUGACGACUGCCAAACUCCACUGGAUGUUGCUAGGGUCAAGGGGUUUAGCAAUGUUGUAAGAGCAAUUGAGAGCCAUAUUUGUUUGUUCUCUGGUUGGCUAAGGGAGCUUUAUGGGCCAGAAUUUCUUGAUCUGCUUGUACCAAAAUUGCUUUGGAAAAAAGUUUGGGUAGUUGUGUUACCCUGUGCUUCCCGAAGGCAAAAUAACCCUUUCAAGUGGGAGCUUGCUGUGUAUGGAAGCCAACAGGAUGCUCAACCCCGAACAGUUGUUGCACUAUGGAAGGCCAAUUUGGAAGAACCCAAUUUUAGUCACUCUGUUCCAGCAGUAGUCAUAUCAGAUAUUUCAACUAUACCAAGGUGCUGGAGGCGAAGGAGAGGGAUUAUGUCCUCUCAACUGCCGAGGCAUGGGCCUCGAGGAGCUAGGCAAGUACGGGUUAAGCUCACAGCUGUAGAAGAAAGUGACAAGCAACUGCUGCACUCAUUUUGGAAUGCAUGCAAGGGAAUUCCGCAGGUCUCUCCCCAAGCACUUCAACUCAACAUCCAGCUCCCUGUUCUUCCUGCAACCGCCCCACCUGCCUUGGAGGAUGUGGAGUUGGCUAUGGCGAUUAGCGCCUCCAUGCAGCCUGUUGUGCAAAGGCCCUCUUUAUACGCGAACUCGGAAUCUGGAGCAACUGCUUCUACAAGUUGGACCAACCCUGAUGUAGUAAAAGCUGGUCCAAGCGGCAGCCAGAUUCAGCAUAGCCUGACCCCAAUAGAGACAUCUGUAAUCCAAACAAAAGUUGAGAACCCUAUUCCAGAACCCACCCCAUCAGCUCCUAUCAUAGCAGAGGAGGAAACAGAUGAAGGUCCAAUUCAUUAUCCAUCACUAGAUGUUAGCCCUGUUGGAUUUUCUUGUCAAAAUGAUGAGAAUAUAACUGCUGCACCACAUAAAGACAAAGAUCAAGCUGAUGCUACUUGUGUUAUAUGCUUGGAUGCUCCCGUGGAGGGAGCUUGUGUCCCAUGUGGCCAUAUGGCUGGCUGCAUGUCUUGUUUGGCUGAUAUUAAAGCAAAAAGGUGGGGAUGCCCUGUCUGUCGUGCCAAGAUUGAUCAAGUUAUAAAGCUGUAUGCUGUAUGACAAUUUCAAGCCGAGAGAAUGUGUUGUAUGUGGAGAAUAUGGUGCUGGCUAGUUCUUUGAAGAUACAUGGGAGACCCACUGUUCUCCAACCUAUUUACCUUUUAUAUGAUGUCGGUGUUCUGCCUACAUGCAGCAUCAUUGUGCCGUAUACCACAUUGGAUGUGAAACGUAUUGUGAUUCAAAUAAUUCAAUGCUAUCUCAGUUUUUGAUCUAUACUAGUACUGUCCAAGACUCCAAGGGAGUGACCUAUUAAGAGAGGCAUGAAGAAAGUAUUGGUGAUGUAAUGUAAACUUUGUGCAUGUGUAAGUAGUUUUUUCUUAAAUAUAGAUGAUUUGAAAUGUGUGCUUUACAAAUGUUUGAUUUUGAAAUGUUUUUUAUGAAUAGAAUAGUUGGAUAAUACUCUGUAAGAACUGUACUAGCAGCUUGGAUAUUUAGUGGGUGUAAACGCAGAACUUUGGGUAUUGUAUGAUGCAGAAAUGCAUAAUAAAAACUUCGCCAGUGAUGUGUAUGAAUUGUAAAGUAUACCCUCUUUGGUUUGUUUUUCAAAUAAAAAUUUUACUCCCUCCGUCCCGAAAUAA